UCAGUGCUGGGAGCGGAAAGAGGUGGGGUUGAAGCCCCUGAAACGCAACGCAGCCUCCUCCGUGAAGAUAUCGGAAGCGGCAGCCGCCGGGCCUUUGUCCCUCGUCCCUCCCCACUGGAGACAAAUUGACCACAGUUCAAACUCCCUCCACUCAUCUUCCAUGGCAGCGUGGACCCGUGUGGCAGUGCUGAAUCUUUAUCGCACUCUGUUGCGUCAGGGACGAGGCCUACGUUACACCGACCGUGAUUUCUACUUCAACACAAUCCGGCAAGAGUUCCGCAAGAACCAGCAGCUUGAGAAGAUCGAAGAUAAGGAGAGACAGCUGGAAAAGGGCCAGGCUUUCUUGCGCACAAAACUUGGGGGGUUGAUUUAG